AUGAGAGACAGAGAAAAAGGGCACCACAAGGAUGGAACAAGACCAGGCAGAAGACUGUGGAGUGAGGAGCAGAGGCAGGUUUAUCUGGCCAACUACAGACAUCUACAUGUGAACUUGUCACUCCAGCCUCCCUUUAUAGUCAGUGGAGAUCCAGGUGCCCCCUCCGUGUUCAUCACUGCUUGGACUAUUGUCAGGAUUUACUUUUUUGAUGUUGGGUGCUGGGAGGAAAUAGUGGAAUCCCCCUUCUGGUGGAUCAUUAAAACUCCUAUUUUGGUGUCUAUUUUGGUGAACUUCAUUCUCUUCAUUUGCAUUAUCCGUAUCUUAGUCCAGAAGUUGCAUUCACCAGAUGUUGGACACAAUGAAACCAGUCAAUAUUCGAGGCUGGCCAAGUCCACCUUGCUGCUGAUCCCUCUCUUUGGCAUUCACUACAUCAUGUUUGCUUUCUUCCCUGACAAUUUCAAAGCAGAAGUUAAGCUGGUCUUUGAGCUCGUGGUUGGGUCGUUCCAGGGAUUUGUGGUGGCUGUUCUCUACUGUUUUCUCAACGGGGAGGUCCAAGCUGAACUCAAGCGCAAGUGGCGGAGGUGGCACCUGGAGCGGUUCCUGGGCUCGGACAUGAAGUAUCACCACCCUUCCUUAGGCAGCAACGGCACCAACUUCAGCACCCAGAUCUCCAUGUUGACCAAAUGCUCACCAAAGACACGCCGGUGCUCUGGCUUUCAGGCUGAAUUCUCUCUGGUGUGAUGGGGAGAG